GCCGUGCAGCAAGAAGGAGAGACUGCGGGAGUUGGCGAAGCAGUCACAGGCCAGCUGUUCUCCUUCGCAUAUCCUCUAUUCCGCUACGUCAAUUUUCUUUCUCCACUUUAACCGUAGAAUCAACACUCGUUGUCGGGCUGGCUACUUUUCCAAUUUCUGUACAUCGGUCUCCUCGUUACACACAGAAAAUGAGAUUUGAACGAGUCUCGGAAAGCGUCGAAACGUCUUCGUCGACUCUCCUCACCAUUUUCGAUAGUCAGAGAUCUUUAUCCGGCUCGGUUAUUUUCUUCGACGUGCUUUGACCAUCGUUUUAAACGGAAUUGGAUUAUUUGGCCGGAGUGAGACGUAGCAGUGCCGGUAAAGUAGGAAAUCGAGCGGGGUCUCGUGCGCGGGUGAUCGCCGCCGAAGAAAAUAAACAAAGCGAGGAAAAGCGGCGGUUUUUCAAAGCCCCUUUUACUCUCGUCAACCAAAAUAGUAACCGAAUCGAGAGAUCGAGCGACUUCGAUCUCCCCUCCGAGUCGUUGUUCCUCUUUCCUUCUCGUCACGAUUAAAGAGAUUUGAAUAACUUCAGAGUUUCAAGUUCUACUGAAAAAGCUUGAACGAAGAAUGACACCGAUCGUACACCCGAGCCCCGAGCAUUGUGUUUCGAGAACGUCGUCAUCCACGAGCGUGUUUAUAGGUGUGUAACGUCCGGUUUGUGUGCGCGCGUACAUUUUAAUGUAUGAAAACGUGGGUGCCGGACUGUGGCCGUAUAAACCGCAUACGUUGCGUGAGCGAACGUCUCUUAUUUUUCUCUUUUAUUAUUUCUUUUAAUGCGCGCGGUAAUUCAAUGUUCAGUACGGUUGCUGAAGGCGUCGCGUUACUCGCCAACUUUCAUGAUCAAUAAUGUUUUCGUAAUUUGAUGAGUGCGAUUCAAAGUUUUGGCGAAUCCAACGAAAAUAUGGCGUAAGCGCUUCGGCGCAUUCGAGCGUUACGUAAAUCUUAAUAUUUCGUGUCGCAUCCGCAUUGUGCGAAGAAUCAUUCUAUAAUGAGCUUUUGUGCAGUCACUCCCUCGUCACACUAUCGUGGGCUCUUUAAAACGAUGCUUUCUCAAUACACGAAUUUUUUAGACGCUUCAAUCAACUGUCGACUUUACAUUUCAUACAAUUUCAAACUCGAUUCAAUCGCUCCAACGUAACGACACUCUUUCAACAGUUCUCAUUACUUAUUAGCAAUUUCUGAAUGCCGGAAAAUGGCUCAAUCUUUUUUUAGAACUCGGUCAAUCUCUCGAACGAUCGUUCCAACGGCGGAAUUUUAAAUGGAAACAAUGGUCUCAUGUUCUCACAAACAUUGAGAAUUUUCCGUGCCCCCCGUGAAAAUGAAAAAUAGACACCAAUGAAAUGCAAUUCUGUCGUAAUCGUAAUCGAGUUUUUUUCGUUGAAACGGCACGAAAGAUCGUUUAUUUUGGGUGUGCGACCCACAAAAAAGAACUCGGAUGAGGGAUGAUGACGAAAGGAGGCUGGGAGAGCCUUUGAAAAUCUUUGCUUCGGCGUCUGCGCGUUGAGAGCGUGCCGUUGUAAGUUAGCGAAUCAAUCCGAUCGGGCGAACCGUGUACGAGCCCUCGCGAAAUCCAGACAUCUCUGGAAAUGGAGGGUGCGAGUGUCUGACUCGGAGACAAUGACGACGUUGUGAGCGUCCAAAAUAUUAUCCGCGUUCGCGAGUGUUUAUCAGCGUUCCGAGCUGAUCGGAAAUGAGGAUGAAGUUGCCUCGUGUUCGCCGUUGAAACGAAAGUGAAAAGACAUUUGAAAGAUGCCGGGAAAAAGACGGGAUCUCGGCUCGCAUUUUGGCACGAUUCCGGUCGCUAAAAACUCGACGAUUCUUCAUGCUGACAAAUCCGCGCCGAACAAAGACCAAAAUCGCGAGCGCCAUGUUGCAACUUCCUCCAUACCGUUACCAAAGAACACCCAAUUUACGAAUGUCGAUUACAAUCAAAAGAUCGACAGCAAGUUUGCAAAAACGGAAAAAAAUCGCUUGAGACUCGUGCUACGAAGCAACGACAAGCAACCGAACGAGGACGACGAAGAUCCCUUCAUCGCUCCUGCCAAUGACAGAGGUCAACGGAAAUCUCUUGUUUUUACCCGUGACAGCCCAUUCAACGGCCACCCGACCAAUAAAACGAUACCUCGUUAUCUUACGAAAUAUUCCGAAGCUUCGAGAAACGUCGAUCGAAAGGAGGAAAGGUUGGAAAGUGGGAAGCAAACGUUUACGAUCAACCCCGAGUCAAGCAGUGGCACCUCUCUCGCGAGUGUCGGACGCGUCGGCGUGGAAGUCAGUGGUACGACAUUGUUACACUCUUGGGGCACAACAACAGCAGCACCAUCAGCGGCACAACCACCACCACCACCACCACUAAUAUCAUCGACAAAUACGAGAGAGGGUCGUACAAUUGUACGCCCGUACUACGCCGCGGGAGAUCCGCCCCUGAGCCCCGGCGAACUUAAUACGACCGAGCUACAGUCUGCAUCUACCAUCCGACUCUGUCCAACAUCUGAAACAUCCUCACUUCCGAGGUCGAUAGAAACUCGUGACAGCUUUCGAGAACGAUGUCACAAUUCGAGACCGAAUUAUCGGAAUCAUCGCGUCUCGUAUCCUCAUAAAGGUCAUGAUUUGGACACGAUGGACGGGAGUGGCGAGAAUAUGCCAAAUUCUGGCACUCCGAGUCCUGAGCUCUAUCCAAGAGACGGCAAGGGCUUCAACGAGGAUGGCAGCAGCGACGAGGAUAGCAAACACGACAAUAGAUCACAAACUUAUAGAUUGUCAUCCCUGUAUCAUGGUACAUGGCCAGUCAAGAGGGAUCUUUCGGCAGAUCAACAAAUGAGUCUUCCCGGUCCUCCGAGCAGCUCCGCAGGGAAUCAACAAAAUGAUAUGGCGAGCGUGAUGAGUUUCUCGUCGAGUACGGGCGUGAGCAGUAGCUCAGGUGGGAUUCACGGUCAUCGUCGUUUAGGUGCCAAAGUCGAUGUGGUGUACAGUUUGUUGGGAAUGCUCGGGAGUAGCGAGGGUCGCGAGGACAUGAGUGCGACGUUGUUGGCGAUGAGUAAUUCGAUCGACAGUUGUUUGGUGAUGAGACAAUCAGGAUGUUUGCCACUGUUGGUACAACUGAUCCACGCGCCGGGUCAGGAUCACGAUACGAGAGAACGAGCAUCGAGAGCGUUGCACAACGUCAUACAUGCGAGGAGCGACGAAAAAGUGGGGAGAAGAGAGGCAAGAGUAUUGAGGUUGUUGGAACAGGUGCGAGAUUAUUGUCAAGCGCUUCGAGCAUCUUUGGAAACGGUGCGUCCACCGGAUGAUCUUGAAAGACAUCCUGGGCCGACGAUAGCGGCUCUGAUGAAACUGUCAUUCGACGAAGCUCACCGUCACGCGAUGUGUCAACUGGGUGGUCUCCACGCGAUUUCUGAGCUCAUCGAGAUGGACCAUGCGUCGCAUGGUAGCGGAUCGGACGACCCCAGUUGCAUAACGCUGCGAAGAUACGCCGGUAUGGCAUUGACUAAUUUAACGUUCGGCGAUGGUAACAACAAAGCGUUGUUGUGCUCCUUCAGGGCUUUCAUGAAAGCUCUCGUAUCCCAACUACAGAGCCUGAGCGACGAUUUGCGUCAAGUUACCGCGAGCGUACUACGAAAUUUAUCCUGGAGGGCUGACAGCAGUAGCAAACAAACCCUGCGCGAAGUUGGGGCUGUAACUGGUCUCAUGAGAGCCGCGAUGGAAGGAAGAAAAGAAUCAACUUUAAAGUCCAUACUCUCAGCCCUCUGGAACCUCUCGGCUCAUUGCAGCACCAAUAAAGUUGAUAUAUGCGCGGUUGAAGGAGCUCUUGCUUUUCUCGUUGACAUGCUGAGUUACGAAGCACCAUCGAAAACUCUCUCAAUUGUCGAAAACGCCGGUGGCAUAUUGCGCAACGUUUCGAGCCACAUUGCCGUCAGAGAAGAUUAUCGUAAGAUCGUAAGGGAACGCGAUUGUCUUCAAGUACUUUUGCGACAAUUACGAUCACCAAGUUUAACCGUCGUGAGCAAUGCUUGCGGUGCUCUGUGGAAUUUAUCUGCUCGAUGUCCUCACGAUCAACGGCUAUUGUGGGACCUCGGCGCUGUACCGAUGCUAAGAAGUCUCGUUCAUUCCAAACACAAAAUGAUUUCCAUGGGAUCGAGCGCUGCUUUGAAGAAUCUUCUGAGUGCCAGACCCGCCGGUAGUAAUCUUGUUCAUCUGGAUUCGACAGCUCGGGGCCUUGGCUUACCUACUCUGCCGAGCCUCGUGGCUCGUCGCCAGCGAGCUCUUGAACAAGAAAUUGAUCAAAAUCUCGCUGAAACUUGCGACAACAUCGAGCCAAGCACUUCACCAAUCAACAAAGACGAUAAAUUCUCCUUCAAAGUCGAUCAGAGCUUCGUCGACGUUGCACAGCGUUCGAGCAGAUCUUAUCAAACUUGUCACAAUCAAUCGUUACUCUCAGGCUCGAAGUACAGCGCGGUACCCAGAAGCGAUAGUCGCGAAUCAAUGCGUUCCGUAACGAGUACUCAUUCCGAUACGAUUUUCGAGAGACUCAAUCGACACGUUACCAAUGGCACUCCAGCCGAAUCGCAAAUCAAGCAACAAUCGUCGUCCCUUCAUUCGGCCGUUGCAUUCAACACUCCCGGCUAUCCGGACACUUCCAACAAAACUAAUCAGGCUGACAAAAAGUACGCUUUACGCUACAAAAAUUCCAUUGUCGAGAGGCUCAGGCCAACUGAGUUGGGGGUGAGUGAAAUCGGGGAUUUGAGGUGCACAACUUCGACCAUGUCGUGGGCCACUGGACCCGACCAGGAAAGCGCUUGUUCACAAACUCUCAUGCAUUCCUCCCACGAGGAUAACUUGUCUCCGAUGAGUUUGAGCAAAUUGUCCAUCGGCCCGAGCAAACCCGAAACGUCCAAGAGAUCCGACGAUCCUUCUGUCCGGAACACCCGAGCCGAAUCCAAAUAUUCGUCGGUCAAAUCCCCCAUCGGCAAAUUAACGUUUGCUACGAGCUUAGCCGAAACUACUCCGCUGUGCGAAAAAACCAGCGAAAAACGAUCACCUACUUUUGGACGCACCUCGGAAAUCGAUCCUUUUGACGUUUAUGCCGAAACUGAUCUCGACGAACCCACUAAUUAUAGCCUUCGGUAUGCCGAAAGAAAUUCUGAUGAGGAUGAGAAGCAUAGCAACGAUUACCUCCCCGAAAGAGAGCAGCAUUAUUGUCCCGAAGGAAUUCCCUACGAAGCUUCUCUCCCUCCAUUUGGUGCUGCCUCGGAUAUUCUUCCCCGUGAACAUUCAUUCCAAAUAAAAUUAAUGCACCCGGAAUCGGAAUCGCACAAGAAAGACUUACAAACUUCACCGAUUCAUGCCGCGAACGAUGCAUCCAAAUUCCCAUUGGACGGUCGUUUUCAACGCCCCGUCGACAGAGAGCCAAGUGAUGCCCUGAGGAAUUCUGACCCCUCGGAAGAGGAAGGAUCACGAAGCAACGAAGAUACAGCUAACACCGCGCGGCUCAAUUCUCUAGUCUUGAACGACGAACAAAAAAUAAUUAGCGAUUCGUUGCCAAAUGAAUCUACGAUAACAACGACCGGAAUCCGAAAUGAUGCAAGGGACGUGGAAACUUAUUCUGCCUCUGCUUUAAAUGGCCGUUCUGUAGAGGAUGACGACGAUGACGAUGAGGAUUUACUGGCUGCUUGUAUUCACAUCGGGAUGCAAAACAACAGGCACAGACGGUCUUUCGGUAGAAACAGCCUGGAGAAGACUCCUUCGCCGGAAAGUAAUUUGGCCCGAUAUCAAACAAGAACGGCAUUGAACCAAGUGGAGACUUCAGGAUCCACCGAAGACAGCGAUCGUGUGGCGCAGUCCGAUUCUUCGAUAUUCAAUAUAAAAAUGUCAUCCGGCCAGUGGAGCGAGGGUCGUCAAGGGGAGUUUGUGGAGAACGGAUACGCUUCGUUCGAAGACAAUUUUAACGUGGCUAAAGAAGACGAUAAAAUAACAGUACAAUAUGAAAAACUUCAGGAAUAUUCAUGCGACCAAAGAGAGGGAUCGAAUAUCGGUUAUUCGAGCGAAGACGUAGCAGGAAAUAACGAAGCAUCUGAGAAACCAACGGUCCGUCAGACCCGAGCCAAUUCGGUGGAAGAUAAUCUCGCACAUGAUGAAAUUUCGAAUGACGUCACAGGACAUUCGGACUCUGGUUCGAAUCGGGAAACUCGAGAUUCAGAAAGUAUGGAAUCGUUCGAUUCAGUUGAAAGGUCGGAGCAGGCUCUUUUGCAAUUGUGCAUAAAGCCAGGCGUCUCGAACACCGAGGCGAUUCCUAUGAGCGAGGAGAAUAUGUCGGAUGACGUUGAUACGGUCGGGGGUCCUGAUUUCAAGGUGAUCAAAGAUGUUUCUACGGUGUGUACGACAGUGACGUCUGCACGACACUACGAAGACGAAUCUCCUAAAAAUGUUAAAUCAUCGCGUGGAAAAAGCGACGAGGGUAAAAACGUCGAGGACGAAUACAGGCGGCAAAGAGACCCGGACGCCAUGAUCGCGUCGCUGGAUCGUUUGACAGCGACACUCGUUCAACAAACCGAAGCGAUGCGCGAGCGCGAAUCAUCCACGAUGAGGCAGAGCGUUUUGAGUGACACUUGGACGGAAGAUUCACCAAACGAGGGAUCCUAUCCCAGCAUCAGCGUGAGUGCUCCUUUCGUUGCCUCUUUCAAAAGUGACAUCGACGAGGAACCUUCGGGGAUAGAAGAAAUGGUUAAUCAACGAGAAUCCGAUAAAAUGGAAUCGUCGAUGACGAAUUCAAAGAUUAUUGAGCGCGAAGCGAUUCGACUGGCGGAAGCGGUAAGCGCCGAAGCGUCGCGUCAAUCCAUGGAUCGUGGACCGAGCAGUGGUUCCACUUCACAAGACCUUGAAACUGUGAGGGCUCCCUCGAUGGAAAAUCUUGUUUCGUUAACUACCAGUUACAUGGGGAUGUUCGAGCAACGCGACUCCUCCAUGGAUCACCGCGAUCGUUCUCAGUCCCAUUCGCUGUCUCCCCUGCGAUCGAAAAACCUUCAUGAGCCACGAAACAGAAAGAAAUCUCUUCCCGUUGGUGUAAUGGCGAAACGUGCUCUCGGACACGGUAUGAGCAACGUUGCCGGGAGCCUAGAAAGUCUUCUGAACGAUUGUAGCCUCGGCACCCAUUCACAAUUGGAAAACGUUAUGCCACCUUCUUUGAUGGAUGAACUUUUGGACAACGGUGACAUGGAGAACAGCAUGUUGAGCGUCGCAAGUAUAACUUCCGAAAUAGCCGACUCCAAAGAUCACGAUUCCAACAGCUUAAUCGCCGCCAACGAUUCCAUCUUCGAUCUCGUUCAACCUGUCGCCAAUGUUCUUUCCAUGACGUGUAUGAAAUACGCGAUGCAUCACAGCGCAAACGACAGCAUAAGCGAAUGUUUGGAGAACAUAAAUCCACCCUCGUUGUUGAAUGAAGUGAGUGAUAUGGACGAUUCGACCAUGGAUGCCAAUACCGAAACCAUGUGCAGUGAGACUCUUUGCAUCGACGCGGAGUUUCGCGCUGAACAAGUACCUCGUUCGAUUGUCGUCGAGCAACUGAACGAUUCGGACAACGACACCGAUGAGGUUGGAACAUCAAUCAAUACGGAAUCCUGUUACAGUAGCUCCGCGGAAUCCACGCCGAAGAAACGUCCCCACAAGAGCUACUUGACACCCAAACAAAAGAGACAAUUGGCCAAAGAAAGAUUCAAAACUUAUACCAUAGCUGCUGAGUUCGUUAAAAAAGAAGAAGACGAAAGACGAAAGUGCGAGCAAACCGAUACGGGAACUUUUAAAAUCCCUCGACGAAAAUGUUCGCCCUUUUCGAAGCUCACUCCGAAACAACGGAGGCAAGAAGACCCAGCGAGAUUUCAAACUCAAGUCGUGACCAAUCCUUUGCCUGACUUUGUUAACAAAGAACCCGAAGAGCCACAGUUCUCCUCCAAUUCGUCCAUUCCAACGAUGACAAAUCUCUGUGGUAGUAAAACUUACAGGAAAAAACGAGGGGAUAAAGAAGGCGAAACUCAUUACCAAACACUAAUAAUGAAUGAGCCUCCAGCUGCUGAGGAUUCAGAAGCUCAGACGAGGGUUCCCGAAGAUAUUCAAAACAUCGGCUGUGAAGCGAUGCAAACCAUGCUGCAACGGAAUGCUGACAUAGUUUUGCACACGCUCAACGAAACCAGCAAAGUCGCUGAUAUUAACAACGAAGAGGCGAUGAUGUUGGACUGUGAAACACUGAGUCUCGUUUCGAACGAUUCCGAAUCCGAGCAAACCUCGCGAAUGCGCCAAGCUGUUUCCGGUGGACUUACCAAGAGGUUCAUGACGAGUUGUGCGCAAAGAGCAGCGAAUCAACGGCCUCCGGUAUAUCGCCAGGAAGAGGCAGCAACGCCUGUUGAAAAUGAUGCUCAAACGGACGAGGAAAAGUUUGAAAAACCUAAAGAAACGUCAAAAGUCAGUGAUUCGGAGAGCGACGACAAUUUGUCUUGCGACGUUGAGGAACAAGUGCAGGAAUCAAAGAGACCUAGAAUCGUUAAACCUGGUGCAGUUAGUAGGGACCGCAGCGCAGAUUCGGAGACCGCUGACAAAUCUGAGCCCGGAAGUCCAAAAGGCAUUCGAGGCAGACGGAAGGCUCUUUAUUCGACACCGAACACACGUAGAGUUACGCCUCACUCGUCACCUCUGAAGCAAACGAGCAAUCCGACGGGCAUUCCGAUCGGGCGAAGCAACACUUCGCCCGUUGUUAGAGCAACGAGAGCUACGACGCUUCGACAAAACACCAAUGUCUUUGUGAACACCAGCAAGGAAACAGCGAGAGCAAAUUUCGUUCAAAAGAUUCCGCAAGCAUCGAACGCGGACAAACGUUCGAGAAACGCGGCUCUCUCGAAGCGAAGUUCCAUACCGCAACGUGGAUCGAGUUGUACUUCUACUAAAUUCGUAAAGCGGCACAGCACGCCACCCGGUUGCAGUGGACCGCAAAAAGAAACGAAAAAUGAAUUACCACCGACAAAGCCAUUGGAAAGACAAGGAACCUUUACGAAGGACGAGCCCGAAGUUGAGAACGCACGGACCGUAGUUCCCUGUUUUUCUCCUACAAAAUCGAAGAUCGCCAAGCCCACGAGAGGUUCGCCCGUUCGCGCAAAUCCAGCGGCCGGAAAAUCGAAAAUUCUCGUACGAACUCAGGAGACUCAGCAGCAAUCAAAAAUAACGAAAUGCUCGAGUUCCGAAAGAAUUCAGUCGUCACGAGUAUCACCGUCUCGCGCAGGUGGAAAAAACGUCGCGACGGUUGAGCCUGCUGUGUCCAGUAGAUUCGAACAAACCAACGUUCAGUCAACGCCCACCGAAGCUGGACGCAUAGCACCGAGGCGCAUAGCAACCCUCGGUCAAAGGUCCAGCAGCAAUUCCAGCAUCGUUUCGUCGCCGACGACCCCUCUGUCGGGCCGCAAAAUACCAAAGGAGGCCGCGAGUAAAAUAGCGAGUCUCUGGAAGAAGGUGGAAGACAGCAAAGCCAAGCAGAGGUUUGAGAAGCCUGACACGAGACAGUGGAUUACAGCGGAAACGAGUGGAACGACAGAGUCCCGGGAAGCUUCGACCGUGACACGGAAGCCACCGGCAUUCCGAAUGUUUCGUAGUUCAACGUUCGAAGGCGUCCCCCAGGAAUGCACGGGGGCGGCGACCGCGGCUGCAGUGAGGUCCGAAAAACUCACGAGGAACGUCGAGACCCCCGGGAGUACAUCGAAGUACCGGAAUUCCUGCGAUCUUUCGGGAAUGACACCGGCCGAUGCACCUUGCAAGAUUCCCAUCAAGUUCUCGGACAAAAGAACCGGCAAAGAGACACCGGUUGGCUACGGUACGAUCGUACUGAGAAAACAACGCAGCGUCGAUUCCAGCGCGACCACCGAAGUUGAUGGUACGAAAAGGCUGUCGCGAUUAGGAUCCUUCAUCCGUGUUGAUGCCCCCGAAGUAGACCCAACAUCCGGUCAAUCACAUACCGAUGAACAAACUGUUCGAACACCUGUUUCAGCGAUCGUUCCACCAUUCAACUACAACCCUCGACAGACGGUAUCAUCCUUACCAACAAAAACGAGACAAAGCGAGGACGGUGAUAUUUACGAGUUUCCAGGAAAAAUAGUUACGAGUUCGGCUAAAGUAACGACGGUUUGAAGUCACGAGGAACCCUGACAACGAUCACCAUAUCAUUGUUCAGCGUUACCUUUCAUCAUUAUUACACACGCCGAACAAUAAUCCCCAAUCGUUUAAUUUACAUUGCUUUUCAUUGUUCUUCGAUCGAUUAUUCCAGGCUAGUCAUGUAACGUCCAAUUGUAAUUAUUCCGCUUGUUUCAAAUACUUUCGAAUCACCCGGGCGAUCAGUGUCGCUUACAUACCAUUAGCAUUUAAUUAAUGGGUCGAAAUAUCACAAUGUCUCAAUUAAGAUCUCAUCAAGGUCGGUUUCCUACGACACGAUAUAAUUCACCGUUACAAGAAAUAUUGCCUCGCGAGUCCGUGUUCUCGCAAUGAAAGAAAGAACAAAGUGCGCGUCGAGAGUCUCAGCCAACCAUUGAAAAGUUUUUGUUUUUUUUUUUCCAAUGUUUCAAGACUCAACUUUUAACUUUUUCGAUUAUUUCUCAACUUAAACGCAAGUCACGCAGAUCACGCAAAAUUUACGUUAACACGAAGUUCGCAAAUUGCAACAAAAUUUUCAUACAAAAUAUAACAAGGCCCAAUCCGACGGAUGAAAACACUUUGCAGUGUUUUCAUCGGUCGUCUGUCCACGUGUACAUAAUUAUUAGAAAGACAGCACCAAUUUUCUUGCGAUCGGAAGUUCGCAUCGUUGAAAAACAAAUAUUUCUCCUUUAUUUUGGAGCAUUCAAUAUUUAUUUGCUCAAUUAAGAUGAAAACAAUGAUUAUCAUGAUUUUAGAUUCUGAAAAAUAAAACUGCAGACAAAUAUUAAGCAGUUUGAAAAACGAUAUAUUAAUCAAUGAUAAAAAAAAUCAUUUGUAGCUUUUUGAUGAUGCCAACUUCAAUACCACGAAUUAUUACGAGAUCGAGGUUUUAAAAGUCCAUGAAAAGUUGAAAGACAUUAAGCACGGUUGGUUAUUUUUUUGAGUGUAUAAAUAUAGUUGUUUGAUAUUACGAAAGUUUUUCGCAUGACGUAAUAACUUUGGGCAAUAGUGGAACAAGUUAUAAAAAUGAUGUACAUGGGGCUGACUUGGACUCUUCCCUGAUUGAGCUAUCACGGUUGUCAUCCGUUCGAGACAAGAACUCUAUUUACUUUUCGAAGACUGAUAGUAAAACAAUGCGAAGAGAAUAAAAGAAAAAACGGUAAUAAUAAAUUUGGAAAUGUAGUUGGACGAAAAAGUCGAUCACGAGCGACACAAGUUAAAUUAUCAUAGAACGAUGAAUAUACGUUCAUGGACCUGCAUUAUCGGUCUACGUUGUAUGGAGGUGAUAGGGAGAAGAAAAAAAAUGAUACGACGAGCAAAGGAGUAAAAGAUUUAUAAGCAUUACCUUAAGUUUCUAGUCUACAUGCAAAUUUACCGGCAACAUAGCGACUAUUUUCAACGUAUAUAAACCCCUUGAACGCGUACACCGGUUAUAAGGUGAAAAUGAACAAAUGAAUAAUAAAAUAUUUACGCUGGUUGCUAAAUCACUGAAUCGAAAGCACGGACCAGAAUCGUAAGAUUUUUCUUGGAAAUUUAUAAAUGGUUGCUUACCGAAUAUAUUUCUUUAAGGGUUAUUCUUAUGAUAUGAGGACUAGCCCUGUUUCUAAUUUUCUUCACGCUGCCAUAUGCGCUUUCGUGUCUCUCCUUCUGCAGCGAACAAAGUUCGCCGUUCCAAUCCGAAGGAGACUUCAAUCGCUCCAUGACACGAAACACGUACAUUUCGUAUUCAUUUUCUUCCUCGAAAUAAACGUAAAAUUUCGACUUUCGGUCCCCUCUUCCAGUUCGGGUUGAUUCAAUUUAAUCCUUCCAACUUGGAUCAUGCACGGGGAUCGUUUUUUUCCUUAACAACUGCUUUCUCGAUUCUUGCUUGUCUCUUAUUUGGUCCGUGUUAGGAUUAAAAGUUCUCGUAAUAUAAACUUUGUAAUAGUCUCUAUCAAUAUACUUCAAGACUAAGUGUAUUAUUUUUUGUGUUGAACCUGUAGAAGUUUGUGCGACGACUAUGAUGAGUUGUAUAUUAUUGAAAUCUGAUACAAUAAAAUUUAUAGCAAAUAAACUUAAUUUCGAAACAAA